AAAAGGGUAUAUAAAAAUAGGUUGAUGGAUGAAGUGAAGACUUACAGAGGAGGAAAGAUUAAUGUUGAUAAAAUAGAUGAUGCUCUUGAAAACAUGAGAAUCCCACUUGAAGAAGAAGAAAUUGAGGAGCUGUGUGAACACUUGCCAAUUGAUGAUGAGAGAACAGUUAAACUGGAUUUACUUCUGAAUGCAGUAGAUGAAGUUUUAGGGGAAGAAAUUAACUAUGAAGACCUGGAAGAUAUUCUGAGAAACAUGGGGUUAAGCCUCACACUGAAGGAAAACUCGGUGUUGAUGAAAAGUUUAUCACUUGAUGCUGCUGGAAAGUUGUAUAAGCAUAAGUUGCUGGAUGGUUUAAGAUCUCUCCCAGGAGUGAGGCUUAGUGUUGAUAAGCUAAAACCCUUCAUGGAACAAAUGGGCUUUAAACUUGAGGAAGAGGAAUACCAAGAUCUGAAAAACAACCUGCCCAUUGAUGAUGAGGGGAGAGUUAAUGUGAAUGUGGUGAUGGAUGAAGGACAUCUUUUUACAGGUGAGAAGGUUGAUACUGGGAACCUGGAAAAUUUUCUGGAAAAUAUAGGGAUAGAGCUCGCAGAAGAUAAAGGCAUGCAACUGCUGAAUAAUCUUCCAAUUGAUGCCAAAGGAAGGGUAUAUGUGAACAGACUGAUGAAAGAAUUGAGGGGUCUUGAAGGAACAAAGGUGUCUUCAGAUAAGAUGGAAAUGUUCCUGAAAAGCACAGGAAUUGAUCUCAAGGAGAAAGAAAUCCAGUCACUGAAGGACAACCUACCAGUUGAUGAUAAUGGGAAGAUUGAUUUGAACGUGAUGAUGGAUGAAGUUAAAAAUGUUACAGGAGAGAAGAUUCCUGCUGGGGAUGUGAAAAAUACCGUGGAAAACAUGGGAAUAGAGAUCACAAAUAAGGAGCACAAAAAGCUGCUGAAAACUCUGCCAGUUUCUGCUGAUAAAAAAGUGUUUAAGAAGGAAUUAUUGGAUAGUGUGAAAUCCUUCAGAGGAGGUCAGGUUAAUGUCAAUGACUUACAGAGUGUUCUACAAAACACUGGGUUCAGACUCGAAGAAAAAGAAAUCAAGGACCUGAAGACUCACCUGCCAGUGACUGAAAAGGAAAAGUUUGACCUAGAUGUCUUGAUGGAUGCAGCAAAAGCUUUUACAGGAGAAAAGGUUGAAGCUAAUAACUUAAAACAUGUGCUGAGCAACAUGGGGAUCGAGCUAACAGAAAAAGAACACUCAAUGCUGUUAAACACUCUGCCAAUCUGUGAUGGAAAGGUAUAUAAGAAAAAAUUACUGGAUAGUGUGAAGCCUCUCAAAGGAAAAAAAGUCAAUGUCAGUAAUCUGGAAACUCUUCUGAAGAACAUGGAAAUUGAAGUUGGGAAAGAGGAAUAUGAGGACCUACUCGACCAUCUGCCAGCUGACAAAAAUGAAAUGGUUGAUGUGAAUAUGGUAAUGGAUGAAGCAAAAGCUUUUACAGGAGAGAAAGUUAGUGUCAGUAAUCUGGGCAAAGUGCUGAGGAAAAUGGGGCUCGUGCUCACUGAUAAGGACCACAAGAAACUGCUGAAAACUCUGCCAAUUCGCACUAGUGGAAAGGUAUAUAAGAAUAGAUUGCUCAAAGGUGUGAAGGCCCUCAACGGGCCAAAGGUCAAAAUAAAAAAAAUGGAGACAUUUUUGGAAAACAUGGGAAUUAAAAUCAAGGAAGAGGAACUUGAGGAACUCAUGACCCAACUACCAACUGAGGGUGAGACAACAGUUGAUAUGAAAGACUUAAUGGAUGCUGUCAGUUACAUCAAGGGAAAUGGAAAGGUUAAUGUUAAUUCAAUAAUGGAGGGUCUGAAGAAGCUCAAACCAAAAGGAAUGGCGACUCUACCUAAGUUGAAAACUGCAAACGACAUUAAAGACCGAGUCACUGGCGACAUGGCAGUUUCAGAAAUUAAAUCAAAACUUAAGCUGAAUCCUUUAACAAAAGUACCCAUCUCCCACAGUAAAAGGGAUAAAGGCUUGCCAGGAUCUCCUCAAUGCCAAUUAAAACACACAGAAAAGAAGUUAAAUGCUUCACAAAUGGCAGCUUUCCAAGAUGCCUACAACUUCUUCAACAAGGACAAAACUGGCUGUAUUGAUUUCCAUGGACUGAUGUGCACUGUAGCUAAGCUGGGAAUGAGUCUAACCAAGCAUGAUGUCUAUAAUGAAUUGAAAUGUGCUGAUAUUGAUCGAGAUGGGAAGGUGAACUUCUCAGACUUUAUCAAGGUGCUAACAGAUAAGAAUCGCUUCCUCAAGGCAGUGGUUCCAGAAAAGGAGAACUGUUUGGAUUUAGCUGGCAACCCAGGGAUCCUAUUGUUUGAAAUCCUGUCAAAGCUUGUAGAGACUUCAGCCCUGCCCAGAAAGUCUAUAAUAGAAAUAGUAAGCUAUUUCCAAAGAAAAUUCCAGCAUACUGGUCCAGGAAUGUUGUGGAGUCCCUACACUAUGGGCUAUGGAAAAAGGACACUUAAGCCAGACAUAUGCACACCUCCAAGCUCAAGCAUGGCUGCCUUUGCUAAUGCUGCCCGGAUUGCAAUAAUGAAAGAAAAGGAUUUAUUUAAAUUUCUUGAAGAGCUCAAGAGAUGCAAUUCCCAUUCAGAUAGCCCAUAUUCAAAAAUACCCAUCUUUCCAUUGUUCCCUAAUGUGGAUGGGGUGGUAAUGGGAAAGCCAUUCAAAGACAUGCAGAAAUUAGAGAUGCUAAGAAGAAAGGAGCCUUUGAAUUUCUUUGAGGAUUACUUUUUCCAUAAAAGAGACUGGAAAACACAGGCAGCAAAUAUAAAGCCUAUAGACCCUGCCUCAGGUUAUUCAAAUGACAUCCUCACCAUUGAUCAAAUGCUCAAGAAAAAGCAAACUUGUACAGUGGCUGAUGCAACUGCUAUUAAACAACACGUGAAAAGAGCUACCGAAACCUAUAAUUUAGGAAUUGCCCUUGAACACCAGAAAGAAAUGCUAAACCUCUGGCGGAAGAUCCGAGGGGAUUUGAUUGGACUAGACUCUAAAAAUGAGUCCUUUUAUGACACCUUUUCUACUUAUACAUGGUCCUGGAAUGUUUGUCAAGAAUUACUUUCUCCUAAGGACUUAAGGUUACAUGAUGCCUAUGUGAAUAGAAAUUCCUCCCAUAAGUCCAGAUCCUCUUCCUCAUCAGAUGUCAGUGAAUGUGACACAGACUUAGGAAGAAAAAGAAAAUGGAAAAGUUUAAAGGAAUUUCAACAAUGAGAUUUCCACAUUUUCUAAACAGCUUAUCA